CCUCCUCCUCCCUCCCACAACACACACACACACACACACUCUCUCUCUCUCUGUCUCACACACACUCCUCCACUCCACUCCGCCGUGUCCGUCCUCUCACAACACGAUGGGGCUCUAAUGUCGGCGGCGGGCGGGACCGGGACCGGGAGCGGAUCGUAUCCUCGACGGCGCUGAGAGUCUCGUGUGUGAGUGUGUGUGUGUGUGUGUGUGAGAGUGUGUGUGUGUGUGUAUGGAUCUGAUGAUGAUGAAGAAGAAGAAAUUCAAGUUCAAGGUGGACUUCGAGCUGGACGAGCUCUCGUCGGUCCCCUUCGUCAACGGGGUCCUCUUCUGCAAAGUGCGGCUGCUGGACGGCGGCUUCUCCGAGGAGUCGUCCCGGGAGCCGGUGCAGGCCAACUGUGUCCGAUGGAGGAAGCGCUUCUCUUUCCCCUGCAAGAUGAGUGCCAACGCGGGGACAGGUGUCCUGGACCCCUGCGUGUGUCGUGUCUCUGUCAGAAAGGAGCUGAAGGGGGGGAAGGCAUACGCAAAGCUUGGUUUUGCAGAUCUGAAUUUAGCAGAGUUUGCCGGCUCAGGGAAUACAACCCGCAGAUGUCUGCUGGAAGGCUACGAUACCAAAAAUACCCGUCAGGAUAACUCCAUUCUCAAGGUUAUCAUCAGUACUCAGCUCAUGUCAGGAGAUCCCUGUUUUAAAACGCCUCCCUCCACGGCCACUGUGAUCGGGAUCCAGGGAGACGGAGAGAGCCUGCUGGAGGAGAGGAGGGGGGGAGACUCGCAGAAAGGCUCUUCUGCAGAGAGUCGCGAAGGGAAGUGUCCGAUCGUCUCAGAUGAGCUCGGAGGCUGCGGCCACUCCCGAACAUCAAGCUACGCCAGCCAGCAGUCCAAACUCUCAGGCUACAGCACCGGUCACUCCCGCUCCUCCAGCAUGUCGGAGUUCAGCCACCGGAGGAACCAUUCAGUGGGCAGCGCCUCAACGGGCAUCGGCAGCAUCCCGGAACCCAGCGAGGACCGGGACCGGGAGUCCAGACCCUGUCCUGCGCUGCCCGAGCACCCGGUUCCCGCCGCAGCCGCCACCACUAGCAACCAACCAGGCACACCGGUUCGCAGUGCCUCAUCCUGUGAACGACUCAACAGACACCCGGUGAAACAAGACUCCAUGGAGUCUCAGCUCAAGAGGAUGGACGACACGCGGGUGGACGCGGACGACGUCGUGGAAAAAAUCCUUCAGAGUCAAGACUUCACACCCAGCCUCCUGGACUCCAGUGCUGAAGAGGAAGGCCUGCGUCUGUUUGUGGGGCCCGGGGGAAGUACGGCGCUUGGAAGCCAUCACCUCCCCACCAGGGUUGGUGCCGGGGCGUACGAGCAGGUGGUGAUGAAGCGUUAAGACCCGCAGCCUCUGUAACAAGCCCGUGUUCACGGCGAUCUCCGUUCCUCCUGUGGCUCGUUACCUGAUGGGCCCCAGGUCUGAUUCCAUCGCUCGCUGUGAACGGCCGACAUUACAACAGCGCCCUCCUGUGUUCACAUCUCCGUAGAGUUGGACGGUCACCAAGUGUGAAACAUUGACCAGAUUGUUCCAAGACGUUUAAAGUAGUAAGUAACAAGACGUUGCUCACUUCCUUUCUUUCUGGGUGUAGAUCAUAAGAACUUUGUGAACCAGCAUCCAAACACCGACUCAUUACAAACUGGAAGAAAAAACCAUUAACCUUUCACGUCUAGCGGAGGAACAGGAGGACGGGCGUGUUUAAAACAAAGGGACAUUUUACACUGUAGGAGUACGCCAUGUGUUUUCAAUACAUUCCUUGUGUCUCUGUGUUUGUGUUCUGACUUCCUUCUCAAACAGGACGUCCUAUUUAAUAUUUGCCUAUAAGCUGCAGUUGUUGGCACCCUGACAACUUUUGAAAGUGAGAAUAUUUGACUGCAAAGACGAGGCGUGAGACUUGAGCUUUUUUGGCUGUGUGGAUGUAGAAAGUGUGUGCGUGUGUGUGUGGUAAUGCGUCUGCUUUGUGUUAAGACUACUUUUGUUAGUAGUAAUAGUUAUCCUGUUAUCUUGAAAGAGGGGAGGGAUGUAGGAUCUCAAAUGUUGGUACAGUCAAAAAGAAACUUGAGGGAAUAAGACCAUUUUUCUUACAUGUAAUUAUUACAGAGGUCCCUGUUCUUAUCUGCGGAGGGUGGUACGUCAGUAUUAAUCUGCGCUAUGAGGCAAAAUGCAGUGACAAGGUUUAUAUAGUCAAAGAGCCAAAUAUGACCUUUUCAAAUGUGCUUCGCCAUAUUAACAAAUAUAAAACUGUUGGAAAGAAGAAUUUCCGUCAAAAACAGCUUUUAGAUGAUAAAUAAUCGCAGCCUUUUUUUAAUGCAUAUAACCUCUUUCUUUUUGUAAAUUGCUGCUCUCUGCCAAUGUAGGGAAGUAAAUACUGAUUAGAAUAGAACAGGGUCUCCUAUGAUAAAUAUGCUAUAGAAAAGGACGUAUGUAAUUCCCAGUGUUUCAGGUGCACAUCUGUAGUAUGACAACGCUCUGCAACGCUUCUUCGACAAACUUCUCCGGAGCUCAGCCCCGUUGAGCGGGACGCUCGCCUCAGUGAACAAAUCAAAAGAUCCUAUUGAUGCAUCAACACUUUCAUUAAUAAUGUGUAACUGAUAUAUAUAUAGAUACGGUCGUAUAUAUACAGUACAGCGAAGGACUAGAUUAAGUAAUCCACUGCCAUGUAAAUACUAAAGCAACUGUGUUUAAAAAAAAAAAAAAGACCCAGAGUAAUGCAG